CCAGGCGCGGACUGAGGUGAAACAUGCAGAGGGCCCUGCGCUGCAUCCAAAAAAGUGUUUCAGCCAUAUGCGAGAGAUAUGCAAAGAGCACCGGAGCAGAGGAACCUGUCCUUGUCCCUAAUACCAUCAGAGCGAAGUCUCACACUGCUCGGGCGCUGACUCGAACUCGAGACUUGCCAAUACAGGUAAUUACUCGAUCAUGUGACCGCGUCGAGUCAAGCGUACCGUAGCGGCACGCCCACACCGCCUCAGGAACGUCGUGGCAUAAUACAGCUCUAUUUUGUUUUAUCACUGACUUGUCUACCUCAGCGCUGCAAAGGCCGCAAGCUCCGUGAUCUCGAUUUUUGCUGUGCUUGACCCGGAUCUAUCAUGCUGUGGGCAAUCAAUGAAUCCUUUUACACACGGUAGCA